AAAAAAAGGGCAAUUCCAUAGGAGAAGAGAUACAAAUCAAAAGUCAAAGGGCUCCUAGGAAAAUCAAGAAUUGAGAAAGUAGGGGUGUCAUAGGAAAAUAAAUAAUUUGAAAAAAUAUAAAAAGCGCACAGGACAGGUAGAAAGAGAAGAGAAAGUGGUCCACCUCUAUACAGUUGCAGCAAAUGCCAAACACGCCCUUGUCUCUUCCUCUGUUAUCUCCUCCUCCCCACCAUUCUCCAGAGAGAGAAAACGCACUGUGGGUGUUUCUUGUCUGAAUAUCUUCACCUCAUCCUAAAAAACCUCUGUCUGCCCCCUCCCGUGACUCUCCUUACCCAUCACUCUCUCUCUCUCCCCCCCUCCUCUCUUAGAUAUUUCCUUCUUCUAAUAAAAUCCCUCUUCUUUUUUUAGCAUACCAUUUCCAUCUCGAAACAAUCACCUCUUUCCCCCCUUUCCUCAAAAUAGCAACUGCAGAAAUUCACCUCUCCCUUUCCUCAGCCAUGGAAGAAGAGAAACAUAAAUCUUCUCCCAUUCAACAAAAUCACAAUCAAAACCCCUAGGGCUCAAUUUUGCACCACUAAUUUAGCGCCGCGUUUGGCUCUAUUUAUAUUGAUUGCGGUCCUUGUCUGACCUCAGUUUUAGUACUAGUCUGCCUUUUCAGGGUUUAGGGUUUUUACACUUGACACAACCAAACAGUUCCUUAGUAAAAAAUGUCUUCCUGUUUAAGUGGGAGAGCUUACAGAUUGAACCUUGAUCUGAUCAAAUCCCCAACCACAACCUUCUCAACAUCAAAUUCAUCCUCAUCCCCUUCCUCAACCCUCUCCGAAUCCAGCAAUUCCCCUCUCUCCAUCUUCACCAGAAAGCCCCGGACGCCGCGGAAGCGCCCGAACCAGACCUACAACGAGGCGGCCGCGAUCCUCUCCACCGCGUACCCGAAGCUCUUUCCCGCCAAAAAUAUCCCGAAGCCGUUCAAGCACGACGACGGUAUCCGGGGGAAUUUCCUCUCGGAGCCCCCGGAUUUGCUCAUCCCCUUCCAAUGCAUUGAAAGGGGAUGCCUUCCUCCGGCGCCGGCGAAAUUCGAGAAGACGUGCCUGAGCCCCGGCGAGGUCACGUCUUCUCGAGGGGAUUUCCCGGAAAACUGCGACGAAUUCGGGGAGGAUUUCGACGCGGAGUCGAUUCUCGACGAGGAGAUCGAGGAAGGAAUCGAUAGCAUCAUGGGGAAUCUCGUGGCAGAGGAAGGCGCCGCCGCCGUGGAAUCCGCCGUCGCCGGCGGUGGUUAUUGCUACGGUUUUCCGGUGGGGAUGGGGUUUGAUUUCGGGUACGGGAUGAUGAUGAGGGCUAUGAGGAAUACCGACGGAAGGGAGCGGUGGAGCUCGCCGACCGUGAACGUCGUCGACAUCACGGCGGCGGCGGCGGUGGAGAAGAAGGCGGCGGCGGCGACGAAGAAGAAGCAGAAGAAGAAGAGAGAGGAUUCGGCUGCGGAGAAUUCCGGCGGGGCGGUGGGGCGGCUGGGGCUGAGCCUGAACUACGACGACGUUUUGAGCGCGUGGUCGGAUAAGGGGUCGGCGUUUUCGGGCGAUGCGGCGGUGGCGGAGGGCGGCGGAAAGGAUGUCCAAGAACGGUUGGAAGAGAUAGAUUUGUUCCCCGAGAAUGGGGCGACGCCGGCGAGGGGUGCCAUCGUGCUCAGAUACAAGGAAAAGCGCCGGACGCGCCUCUUCUCCAAAAAAAUCAGAUACCAAGUCCGGAAAGCCAAUGCCGAUCAGCGACCUAGAAUUAAGGGAAGAUUUGUGAGAACGCCAAACUCAGCCGAAGAUGAUUAGGAAAUCAGAGCACUCUGUUUUUUGUAGACUUUUAAGUAAUAUUUUCUCAUUCCUUCUUUCAUAAUUUUUUCUACUCUUAUAGGAUAUCAAACUCCAAAGAGAUAUGCAUAAGUAGGAAGAACGCAACUUGAACACAAUUAUAUUCUUCUUCCUUUCUUUUUGAUCGAUACUCUAUUUUGAUGAAAUUUAGAUAAUUUGUCCUAAAACGAUA